AUGCCGCCAAGGAAACAAUCCACCAGAAACCGAGCUCCGCCGUCCGACGACGAGCCCGAAGACUUGCCCAUGGUGGCGCCGGAUCCUAAAGCAAUUGAAAUCCAGACACGCCUUGAUGAGCGAGUCGAGAAGAUCCGAGCCGACUACUUGACCAAAGUAGAAGGCGUCAAGAAGAGAGCCAAAGGCCGCCUCGCUGUCCUGAGCGUCAAGGUCAACCAUAUACGAGAAAAAGACCUAAGCAGGCUAGUGGAGCUGUUGAAUCAAAGACAAACGACACAGUCAACAAUCGCCACAAAGUUGACGGGUCUGGAGCGAGAAUUGAACAGCCUUCGGCGUUACUUCGAAGCCGGUUACAACGUUGUGGAAAAGACAGCUGCGGAGUUGGCAGCCAUCGGCAUCACGCACUCGGACGCCCGUGAAGAGUCCAGGUGCAACAGAAGUAAGGCGACCGAUGUGUCGUGA